AUGGCGACGUCGGCGAGUUAUUCGUUUAACAUCAAUUUAUUAAAUUCUGACGAACAGAAAAAAUUUCAAACGGUUUACAAUGAUUUAAAGUCUCGUCAUGAAACUUAUUUCGACUACAAGCGAAACUUGCUAGGCAAAGAAAAAUUUCACGAAGAAGAAGAGGAAAAUGAAUGGCGCUACGAAAUACAUCGACAUCUUCGUGCGCGAAAAUGGAAUGUAUCCAAUACAAACAAAUCUCUUCUCGAAAUGAUUCAAUGGCGAAUCGAUAAUCAAGUCGACUCUAUCCUUGACGAUCCGUCUGUUCAACAACGAAUGAAUUAUUUUCGAAAAUGUAUACCCAGUGCUUUCCAUGGUUAUACUAAAGCUCAACGCCCAUUAUACGUCGAACAAACCGGUCGCAUAAACGUCGAUGACAUCAUGAUCAACUUCACACAUGAUGAGUUGAUUCAAUGUCAUAUCUAUUGGUUCGAAUACAGCUGCCGAUUAGCUCGUGAACAUAGUCGACACCUCGGACAACAUGUCGAAAGCAUCGCAGGGAUAUACGACCUACACGGAAUGAAAAUGGAUGUACGCAAGUUAUUGAAUACGUGCAAACAAUGUCUGUAUAUCGAUGAUAAUUAUUAUCCUGAACGUUUAGGACAGCUGUUUGUUGUUAAUCCGCCGGCAGUAUUUCCUGCAUUGUGGAAUUUAGUUAAGCAUUUUAUUGACCCGGUAACGAAAAGGAAAAUAAUGAUUUUGAAAAAAGGAAACGAAACAACAACGAAUUUGUUACAACAUGUCGACUCAAAUCAACUGCCAAGUGAAUAUGGCGGAACAUGCCGGUCAUGUGCAACGGCGCCAAACUGUCUUUCGGUUUCUUGA